GAAAAUUUAGUGACAGAAAAAAAGAGAUUGAAUGUUUAAAUUAGGUUAAUAUAGAAGAUGGGGAAGAAGAAUAAGACGAAGGCUUUUAAAGGUGGCGAAUCUGAAUUCAGCCCUGCUACUGUUUUUGUUGCUAAUUUGCCUUUUACUUUCACUAAUUCACAGCUCGAAGAGACUUUCAGUGAUGUUGGACCCAUUCGGAGGUGUUUUAUGGUUACUAAGAAAGGGGAGGCUGAACACCGAGGCGUUGGUUUUGUUCAAUUUGCAACUACCGAAGAUGUUAACCGCGCUAUCGAGCUAAAAAAUGGUUCUUCUAUUGGAGGCCGAAAAAUUGGAGUCAAGCAUGCUAUGCACCGACCUCCUCUCCAACAACGUCGAUCAAAAGGAGAUCAAGUGGUGCAUGAAGAUGGGGAUCUUAAGUCAAAUAACAUUCCAUCUGAAGUUAUCAACCAUAAACAAGAUCAAGCUACAGUGCCUAAAGAAUUAGAAAAUAGUGUAGGCGGGCUUGAUAAUCUGGAAGAAAAGAAAGUUGAGAAAGUUACAGAGAAAAAUUUCUGCAAGCGUGAUAAACCAGAAGAAAAGAAAGCUGAUAUACCAGUAGUAAAGAAAGCUGUUAAAGUUGCCAAGAAAAAUGUAUGCGAGCCUGACAAAUUAGAAGUAAAAGAUGUUACAUUUACAGAGGAAAAUGUGCACAAGCCUCGUAAACCUAAGGUCAAGAAAAUUGCUGAAGGUGGAUCUGACGAAAAGAGCUAUUCAGAAAAGCAGAGGCUUGCUCGGACAGUUAUAUUCGGUGGACUUCUUGGUGCUGAUAUGGCAGAAAGUGUUCAUCACAAAGCCAAAGAGUUGGGCACUGUUUCGUCUAUAAUUUAUCCUCUUUCCAGAGAUGAGCUUAACCAUCAUGGGCUCAGGGAAGAUGGAUGCAAACUGGACGCAUCUUCUGUGCUUUUUACAAGUGUAAGGUCUGCCCGUGGUUGUGUUGCAUCGCUGCACCAAAAAGAGAUAUGUGGAGGAAUUGUUUGGGCUCGCCAGCUAGGGGGAGAGGGUGCCAACACUCAAAAAUGGAAGCUGAUUGUUCGAAAUCUUCCCUAUGAGAAAAUUGAGACUAAAGAAGAUUCGCAUAAAACAAAAAUGAAAGGGAACAAAGAAGUGUGGCGUUAUCCAAAACAAAGAAUAGAGAUCAAAGAAGUGUUUUCCAGAGCAGGCUUUGUUUGGGAAGUAAUUCCACAAAAGGAGUUUCAGCGAUUUGCUUUUGUUAAAUACACAUGCAAGCAGGAUGCUGAAAAGGCCAUCAAGAUGUUCAAUGGUACUAAGUUUCGUGGAAGACCCAUUGCUGUUGAUUGGGCUAUUCCCAAAAAGCUUUAUGCCGCUAAAGUGACUCAGCCAUCAGAAGAAGGGCAGAGCGGAAGCGGUGAGGAUGAUGAUGAUAUGGAUACUGAAACGGAGGAGGAUGAUAAUGAUAUGGAGGAGGAUGAUAAUAAUAGUGAUGAGAUACUUGAAGCGUCUGAUGUUGGUGAUAUUCCAGUUGAAUCCGACAUAGCAGAGAAAGAUAGGGCAGAAGUUGAUUUUGACGAGGAGGCAGAUGUUGCAAGAAAAGUUCUCAACACCAUAAUGACAUCAUCUUCUGUGGAGGCACAUAUAUCAGCCAAAGAUCUUUCAGUUGCGCCUAAGAGUGACAAGAAUACUGGUACCACAACUGUUCCCAGGAAGUCGGUUGCUGGGACGACUGAAUUAGCACAUGAUUCUAAAUUUGGCAAUGAUGGAAAAAGUGAAUCUGAAGCACAAGAGCUGCAGAAAACACUCUUUAUCUGCAAUCUUCCAUUUGAUGUUAAUACUGAAGAAGUAAAACAACGUUUCUCUGGAUUUGGUGAAGUGCAGUACUUUUCCCCAGUACUUCAUCACGUCACAAAGCGGCCAAAAGGAACUGGAUUUCUCAAGUUUAAAACAGUAGAUGCGGCUGAUGCUGCAAUUUCGGCAGCAAGUGCUGUAGCAGGUUUGGGUAUUAUACUUAAGGGCAGACAACUAAAAGUCAUGAAGGCCUUGGACAAGAAUUCAGCACAUAGUAAAGAGUUGGAAAAGACCAAGAAGGAGGAUCAUGACCACCGGAACCUAUACUUAGCAAAGGAAGGGCUUAUUGUUGAGGGAACCCCAGCUGCUCAUGGUGUUUCAGUUGCUGAUAUGUCGAAACGGCAAAUGUUGGAAAGAACUAAAGCCAUGAAGCUUCAAUCGCCAAACUUUCAUAUUUCAAGGACAAGACUCAUUAUUUAUAACUUGCCAAAGUCCAUGACUGAAAAGGAAUUGAAAAGACAUUGCAUAGAUGCAGUUACAUCAAGAGCAUCUAAACAGAAACCCGUUAUUCGACAGAUUAAGUUUUUGAAAGAUUCAAAAAAAGGCAAGGUAGUGACGAAGAAUCACUCUCGUGGAGUUGCUUUUGUUGAGUUCACGGAGCAUGAACAUGCUCUAGUGGCUCUAAGAGUUCUUAAUAACAACCCUGAAACUUUUGGUCCUGAGCAUCGCCCUAUUGUGGAGUUUGCUCUUGAUAAUAUCCAAACACUGAAGCAGCGCCAAGAGAAGAUCCAGUAUCAGCAGCAACAGUUUCAGCUGCAAGGUUCUGGUCAAGAUGCUAAGAGUACGCAGCGUAGCUUUGAUUCCCAUCUACGUGAUAACCGUUCUAGUAUGUCAAGAUCUGGAGGUGAUUUUACAUCAUUCAAAAGCGUAGAACCUAGAAGGGAAAACAAAAAGGAACAUGAAGCACUUGAAGGAGCUGCUGCUGAAGGUAAAUUUAACAGAAGGCAGAAGCUCUCUCCCAUAAAAUGGGAAAAGAAGAACGAUUUAAAGUAUAACGACAGUGAGGAAGUCAGGCGACCAAACGGAAGAAAGCCUAACGAUGGAGUAACACCCCAUGCUGUUAGUGAAGUCCGUGCAAAUAAUUCCAGGCCGGGAGAUGAUGGGAGAAAAAAGAGGAAAUUGCAAGAUGGUACAGUUUUAAAGAAAGAUUUUAGUUCUAAUGAAAGGAAAAAGAGUAAGAAGAGCGACCCAUUAGGCCGUGACAUGGAGGAUGAGCUUGACAUGCUAAUUAAACAAUAUACAUCCAAAUUCUCAGGCAAAGCUGAAGGAGAAAAGCAAGGUCCUCCCAGACAACUUAAAAGGUGGUUCCAAUCAUAAUCAAUAUACAUCAGGUUGUGCAGCUAAAACCGCCGCUUGGUCUUAAUGCCAAGUCUCGUGUGUUCUUGAAAUAUCAGUCUUGCUCUGAAUGUCAUGUCUGCCUCGUCCUUGAAAUAUCGGUCUGUUGUGUUGGGGAACAUCCCAUAUUUAGUUGUCAUUAUUUAACUGAAUUCAUCAUAAUGUAUGUGGAUGAGCAGAGGGUCUAAGUUUUGAGGUGCUUUGUUUUACAAAUGCAAUCGUCCACAAUUUUCCUUCCACAGCUGAACCUUUCUAAAAAAGAAUCAUCUCGCUGUACUACAAUUUGAAUAUGUUGAAAUUAAAAAUAGCAUUGGCUGGUGGAA